UUUUAUUAUAAAGUUUUAUUUAAUUUCUCUAAAGUUCUCUCAUAUUCCAAUGUUCUUUUUUUACUUUUUUAGCUCUUCACAUUUUGAUUCACACUUUGACACACUUUUUAAUAUAAAUCUCAAAAGCAUAACAAAACUUACUCGGUUAUGUGUUCCUUAUUUGGAGAAACAAAAGGGGGCAGUUGUUAAUGUUAGCAGUUUUGGUGGCCAACAGCAAUUUUCCGACUAUGCUUAUUACAACACUUCAAGAGUUGCUCUAGGUCUUUUAAAGCCAUUUUCUAAAUUUAUCAAAAUUCUAGAUAAUUAUUGCCGUUCAAUAGCCAUUAAAUAUGCUAAAAAGAAUGUUAGGGUAAACAAUGUUAGCCCAGGGUUUAUUACCAGCGAAUCUGCAGAUGAGGAAAGCACAGUUAAUAAGUUUUAUUUAAAUUGGAUAAAAGAACACGUCCCCAUGGCAAGGGGAGGCACGGCAGAAGAAAUUGCUAAAGUCAUUGCUUUUUUGGCUAGUGAUGAUGCUAGUUAUGUGACUGGGGCGACUAUUGUGGCUGAUGGUGCUGUUUCUAUAUUUUCGAAACCAGCCGAUUUCUUUUAA